AAACAAGAGAGAGAGAGAGAGAGAGAGGCACAGAGUGUGUAUGAGGGUGAAAAAGGUAAGAGAGACAGUGCGCAUUAUUAGCGAAAGCCCAAGUCCCCAACCCACCAUAGUCGGAGAAGGGAGCUUUGCUAGGUCUGUGUGUGAGAACCGCUCAUUCAAGACAGAAAGGUUCGAUUUUGAGUUUACAGACGUGUUAGUCUCCAUUGAUUAGGUGAAACCCAGAAAUGGCUGCUCCACCAGCAAGGGCUAGAGCCGAUUACGAUUACCUCAUAAAGCUUCUUUUGAUCGGCGACAGCGGUGUUGGUAAGAGUUGCCUUCUUUUGCGUUUCUCGGAUGGUUCCUUCACCACUAGUUUCAUAACAACCAUUGGGAUUGAUUUUAAGAUAAGGACCAUUGAACUAGAUGGAAAACGGAUUAAGCUCCAAAUUUGGGAUACAGCUGGUCAGGAACGGUUCCGUACAAUCACAACUGCUUACUAUCGUGGAGCCAUGGGGAUUUUGCUGGUCUAUGAUGUUACAGAUGAAUCAUCUUUCAACAACAUUAGAAACUGGAUUCGCAACAUUGAACAGCAUGCAUCAGAUAAUGUCAACAAAAUACUUGUAGGUAACAAGGCUGACAUGGACGAAAGUAAAAGGGCUGUCCCUACCUCUAAGGGCCAAGCACUUGCUGACGAGUAUGGGAUCAAGUUCUUUGAAACUAGUGCAAAGACGAAUCUCAACGUGGAGCAAGUUUUUUUCUCAAUAGCACGAGACAUUAAGCAACGGCUUGCAGACACUGAUACUAGGGCUGAGCCAACCACAAUCAAGAUCAAUCAACCUGACCAGGCAGGUGGAGCUGGUCAAGCUGCACAAAAGUCGGGUUGCUGUGCGUAAGAUGAUUUCAUUAGAAUCAAGGAGGACAUGCAUGGGAGGCUUACACUUAUGCUUGGAAAGAAAACAAACUAAUUGUAUGACAAUACAGUAUGAUGGUGCUUGUAAUCUUCUUCUUCUUAUCUUCCUUUUUUUUCAUCUCAUUCUUUUCAAACCUAUUGUGUGAAAGGUAGUUGCUUAUCAUUUCUCUUCUCUUUUGUGGUAAAGAAUUGACGUGUAACCUGUGGCAGACACAUUUUCGUAUACUGCCCCUUUCCCCCUUAUGCUUGUGACUUAUGGUAGUGUGUGAGAGAUAGAUGGAUGCUUAUCUGAUAUUUUAUAAAUGUUAAAAAGACGUUGCCGCAAAA